ACAGGUUCUGGCUUCACUAAAGGAUAGAUGUACUUCCUGGAUCUUUCUCCUCUGCAGGUCUUCAUGGAUACCAUCAGGACUCGUCUGAGACAGUCUACCUCCGUGUCACUGCAGCGUUCACGGGCUGAUGAGGGGGAGGAGGGGGGAGGAGCUACACGAGUGGAGCUGAGGUUUGUGACAUCAGAAGAAGAGGAGGAGGCGGGGCCUAGCAGUGACAACACAGCGUUGGUGCUCGGGCAGCACCAUGAUAAAUGUAAAACCAGUGUGUUACUGUGUGUGUGCGGCAUCGUCGUCUUCACAACAGCAUUCUUAUUGGCAUACGUAGUUUUCAGUGGGCGGUACCACUGCUCCAAAGAGGGGCGAGAGAGUGAGGAUGGACAGUCAGGAGGCGGGGCUAAACCACCUUCAGAGGGAGGGGCGGGGCUCUACCUGGGAGACCUGAGGGUGAUGAUGAAGAGGCUGCUGCAGGAUGAAGAUAUCUUCAGAACAGUCAGCCGAGUCAGCAGGGCGAGUCACCCUCCGGGUUCCCCUGAGGGGACGUCUUUGGCCUCAGAGAUCCUGGGUCGCUUCAGGAAGCUGCAGAUGGACCACACGUGGGCGGAGUCUAUGUCCGCCACGCUGCAGUUCCCCGACAGGUCUCAGAGGAGCUCUCUGUGGCUGGUGGACUCUGCAGGACUGAUCUCAGAGCAGAUUCCUUUGAACCCGUCUGACUUCUGUCCGUACAGCGCCGCAGGAAGCGCCACGGGGGGCGUGGUCUACGCGAACUACGGCCGUCCUCAGGAUUUCAACUGGCUGAAGAGUGCAGGCGUGUCUGUGGUUGGCUGCGUGGUGGUGAUGCGUGUGGGGGGCGGGGUCAGUUUUGCUGAGAAGGUCUGGUUGGCUGAGAGUAACGGGGCGGGCGGAGCUUUGAUCUACCCUGACCCCGCUGACCUGCCGCAGGAUCCACGACGCCUCGGACUGAGCACACACACCGCCGUCUCUGAACAUGUCCACCUGGGGUCAGGUGACCCCUUUACCCCCGGGUUCCCCUCCUUCAAUCACACUCAGUUCCCGCCCAUCCAGUCCUCCGGCCUGCCGCUCAUCCCAGCUCUGCCAAUCAGCGCAACUGUAGCUGCCAAGCUGCUCAGCCAGCUGUCGGGGCCGUCCUGUCCUCCGUCAUGGCGGGUCCGGCUGCCGUACGUGCGCUGCGUGGUCGGUCCGGAGUUCAGCUCCGGACGCCGAGUCAAGAUGUCCGUCUACAACGUGAUGACGCCCGUCCUGCUCAACAACAUCUUCUCCUCCCUGGACGGCCGAGUGGAGCCAGACCAGUACAUCAUCCUGGGAGCCCAGAGGGACUCGCUGGGUCCAGGAGCCGUCAAGUCUGGAGUCGGAACUGCGGUCCUCCUGGAGCUGGCUCGAACCUUCGCCGCCAUGGUGAAGAACGGUUUCCGUCCCAGACGCAGCCUGCUGUUUGUCAGCUGGGACGCUGGAGAUUUUGGAAACGUGGGUGCGACAGAGUGGCUGGAGGGUUACCUGUCCAUGCUCCACCUGAAGGCUGUGGCCUAUUUCAGUCUGGACCAGGCCAUCAUGGGUGAUGACGUGCUGUCCGCCUGCAGCAGUCCUCUGCUGGUGGACCUGCUGGAUGCCGCCAUCAGACAGGUGGAGCAUCCCAAACACGCAGGUCAGACCAUCUACAGCCAGGCUGAGAGGGAGGGGGGCAGCUGGAGGAUCAUGAAGCCGCUCUAUCUGAACAGUGGAGCGUACAGCUUCACCGCGUUCGCAGGAGUCCCAGCUGUGGAGCUCAGGUUCACUGAG